AUGGGCCCAUUAUCAUCACCAGCGGCAGCACCACCGGCGGCAGCGGGACAACCUGGACCGACACCAAGACCUCGUGCUUACAAGGCAAGGAGGCCACGGGCGGCAAGAGCCUGCGAGCUUUGUCGCGCGAAGAAGAAUAAGUGCGAUGAACAGCACCCCUGUUCUUACUGCCGGACGAAAAAUGUCGACUGCGUGUACAGUGGCCCCGAUAUGGGUUGGAAACGACACACGCUCGACUACGUCCGUCGUCUCGAAGACCAAGUGAAAACCCUAUCAGCCUCCCUCGAACUCCACGAGCGAGAAGCAGCCACCACCGCAUCAGCUUGCUUCUCCGACUCUCCCCUCGCCGUCUCCCUCCCCCGGCCCUUCGACUGCGUCGCGCAUACACCACGCGCCUACGAUGCGGCCGGCUUCCGGUCCGACGACUACCGCGUCUUGAUGCUCCCGAGCACCUCCGCGCUUCCGUCGCGCAAGACGCCCAGAAACGAAGUCUCCGGAGUGAACCGACACACGCGCAACGUCGAAUUCUACGGAAGUUCCUCAUCCAUUGCGCUUUUAUUUCAGGUCCAGCGCACGGAAGGGGCGCUACCUUUGGUGCCUUCUUCCUCUUCUUCUCCUCCUUCUGAACCAGAUUCGUCAUGUAGCGACGGCGGCGCUAUCGUCUCGAGUCUGCAUAAUCCAGCCUUCUCGCCGCCGCCUUCUUCGCAUCCACAUUCUCCACCAUUUGAGAACUCUGCAAGAAACGCCGCGGAUUCACCGGGAUUCACGUUCUCAAAUACCGGGAAUCCGGCGAAAUAUCGCGUGUUUCUAAACGGCUUCUUCUCGACGAUACAUCACAUUCAUCCCAUCUUGGACAAGCCGACUUUUAUGCAGCGAUGUGAGGCGUUAUGGGCGGGCGACCGAUCGGAUGAAGCGGCGCACAAGGGGAGUUUCGUGGCGCUGUAUUACAGCGUGUUGUCUCUCGGGGCGUUGGUGGGCGCGAGGGAGGAAGAGCCACUAGAAGGAGUAUCGAACCUCGAAUGGAGCAGGAGGUUCUUUGACGAGGCAAAGGGGAUGGCGAAUAGGCUUGGAAUGGUGACGGACUUGGAGAUGGUUCAGUGCUAUUUCUUCUUGGCCAAGGUUUGCCAAAACGAGAUCAACCCGCAUCUAUCCUACCUAUACACUGGCCUCGCCGUGAGAGCAAGUUUAGCUAUGGGCAUAAACCGAGAACCCGGUCCCAACACCCACAAGGAUCCGACCCAGCUCCGGGCGGAAUCUCGGACUUGGUGGGGCCUUUACUCUCUUGAAACUGAAAUGGCCUUCGCCAUGGGCCGUCCCGAUACACUUGGCUCCGACCUCUACCACAACCGCAACUACCCACAGUUCCAGCCUAUCGACUCGGCGUCCUCUCCCUCGGCUUCGCCAGAGUACCUCGACCCUCCAAACUGUAUCGUCAUCCAAGCCAUGGUUGACUUCUCCCGUAUCACGCGUUCAAUAUGCCACAACAUCUACCUCGCCGACACGGCCCUCCUCAAAUCUGUAGCUCUUGCCCAACAGACGGAGACGGAGCUUGAGGCGUGGGUGGAUGCGUUGCCCGAGGCGAUUCGCCCGGCUAGGACGCUGGCGGAGGCGAACUCGUUGAGGCGGGCGAGAGAUGCUCAGUGGAUGAAGCGGCAGAGACUGGUUUUAACAAUUCGAUACUUCAACUUGAGGAUCCUCAUGUUCGGAUCCUUCCUGCUCAUGUCGUCCCUCGCCGAACGAGCCUCAAUUCCUCGAUGCGCAGAAUUCAUCCAAAAGUGUCUCGACGCGGCGAAGCGGACAAUAGAGACCAUUUAUCAAACUUACCAGCACCACGACUUUUUCCGCACCUGGUUCUACAACACAACCUACACCGUCUUCGCGGCAUCCAUCCUCCUCGUCUACGUAACCCAAGAACCCCCUUCCACCUCCACAACCUCCACCCUCGACUUCGUCUCCAUGGCCAUCGAAAUCCUCGAAACGAUGGACGAAUGUGUCGUAGCCGUCAACGCUGCCAAGAUGCUCCAACGCGUCCUCCAGCGCGCCAAGGCCCGCUGCGCCGAUAUUUCCCCUGCUACUACCACUGACGCUACUGCUUCUUCUUCUUCGCCGCCCGUGUCGGUUGUGCCGCUGGAUCUAAGCGUCGGGGAUGCCACGGAUGCGGGCUUGACGACGGCGCCGAUGCACACGCAUGGGGCUGAGGCUUUGAUGGCGAUGAAUCAUUGUUGGGGCCCGUUGGGGUUGGGGAAUGGGGGGGUUGAUCCGGGGUUUCCUUUUCAGAUUGGGGAUAUGGAUGGGAUAAAUAGCUUGUUGGCGGGAUUGGACGGAGGGGGUCAUGUGUAG